GUUACAGUGAAGAUGAAGGUUCUCUCAUUCUGCCACAGCUCCAGAGCCUGCUUCCCUCUCCCUGGGUUUAUUAUUUUCUUCUUUACUUGUUAUGUUCACAGGAUGGAAUCAGCAACGUUCACAGUGAUUGGACCCUCUGACCCUGUCACUGCCAUCCUGGGUCAGGAAACUGUGUUACCCUGUCACCUGUCCCCCCGGAUGAGCGCUGCAAACAUGGAGGUGAGAUGGUUCCGAUCGGAGUUUGCAUCCUUUGUGCACCUGUAUCGUGAUGGGAAGGAUCAGUAUGAUGGGCAGAGGCCAGAGUAUUGGGGAAGGACAGAGCUUUUGAAAGCCGGACUCACAGAUGGGAUUGUUCCCCUGAGGAUUCUCAAUAUCAGACGUGCUGAUGAAGGACAAUACCUCUGUUUUGUUCAAGAUGAUACUUUUUAUGGAGAAACUGUAUUGGAACUGCAGGUAGCAGGUCUGGGCUCUGCUCCUCUUAUCUCUGUGAAGGGUCACCAAGAUGGAGGGAUUCGGGUGAUUUGUCAGUCAGCUGGUUGGUACCCAGAGCCUGAAGUGCUGUGGAAAGAUCGCAGUAGGCGACAUUUACCAUCACUCUCUGAAACAACAUCCCAAAGAGAUAACGGCCUGUUUGAAACAGAAACUGCUCUCAUUGUAAUGGAACAUUCAAACCAAAACUUGUCGUGUUGCAUCAGGAACACCGUUCUCAAUCAAGAAAAGGAAUCAGCAGUUUAUAUAGCAGAUUCCUUUUUCCCGAGAGUGAAUCCCUGGAUGGUGGCUCUGAGUGUGAUCCUGGUGGUUUUGUUUGGUUUCAUUGGCCUCACUGUUUAUCUGUUUAAAAUGAAAGGCAAACGAGAUAUAGAAGUUGGCAAACGAGAUAUAGAAAUUGACAAACGAGAUAAAGAAAUAAGCAAACGAGAUAUAGAAAUUGAGAAACGAGAUAACGAGAUAAGGUGGAGAAGAUCCGUGGCACCUAUAGAAGAAGUGAAUGUGACUCUGGAUCCAGACACGGCUCAUCCCCUCCUCAUCCUGUCUGAGGAUCAGAAAAGUGUGAGACAGGCAGACACAGAGCAGGAUCUGCCCUACAACCCUGAGAGAUUUGACACUGAGCGCUGUGUGCUGGGCUGUGAGGGAUUCAUCUCGGGGAGACAUUGCUGGGAGGUGGAGGUGGGGGGUAGGGGACUCUGGGCUGUGGGGGUGGCCAGAGAGUCUGUGGAGAGGAAGGGAGGGAUCAGCCUUAACCCUGAGGGGGGAAUCUGGGCUGUGGGGUGGUGCUGGGGUCAGUUCCGGGCUCUCACUUCCCCUGUGACCCUCCUGCCCCUGAGCCGGGCCCCCAGCAGGGUCCGGGUUUGUCUGGACUGUGACCGGGGGCAGGUGACAUUUAUCGAUGCUGGUGACCAGGCCCCGAUCUUCACUUUCCCGCCGGGCUCCGUCCCUGGGGAGAGAAUCCGACCCUGGUUCUGGGUGUGGGUGGGAUCCCGGCUCAGCCUGUGUCGCUGAGACACGCAGCAGAAGGGGGAACCGGAAAUCAGCCUCUCUAGCCUCAUGUACCCCAGUCUCUAUGACCUUGGAGGACUCCCAUCUACCCAGCUUCUGGCUCCUCAUUUCUAUGACCUGUGGAAGCCCCUCCCCUUCCCUGCAGCCCCAGAGGGGCCCUGAGGGGCAGAGGUGGGGGCUGGACAGGGGGCAGCACU